CAAUAUCUUCAAUACAAUCUACAUAACCAAAAGCAACACGAGAUUUAAUACAAAGUACAAUCUCAUCAUUGCAUAAAACCGGAAAAUUAACCGGAAAUGAAGAUGAUUCGGUACCCGAGUUUUAUGCAAUCUCAUCAUUGCAUAAAACCGGAAAAGUACCCGAGUUUUCUCUUUCUCUUCUUGUAUCUUCUUGGGUUUCUUGGCCAAUCUCCGGUGGAUGCAGCGGUGAAGAAGUACCAAUUCGAUGUUCAAAUGAAGAACGUAAGCCGGUUAUGCAAUGCUAAACCGAUUGUCACUGUCAACGGAAUGUUCCCUGGACCAACGGUUUACGCAAGAGAAGGUGAUCGAGUCAUCAUCAACGUCACCAACCAUGUACAAUACAACUUGUCCAUCCAUUGGCAUGGGCUUAAACAGUACCGGAACGGUUGGGCAGAUGGUCCAGCAUACAUAACUCAAUGUCCGAUGCAGACCGGACAGAGUUAUGUUUAUGAUUUCAACGUAACCGGACAACGUGGGACUCUCUGGUGGCACGCACACAUCCUCUGGUUACGAGCCACCGUGUACGGAGCUAUCGUCAUCUUGCCUCAGCCAGGAAAACCGUAUCCUUUCCCACAACCCUACCAAGAAACCAACAUAGUCCUCGGAGAGUGGUGGAACGGAGACGUUGAGACGGCGGUUAACCAAGCCAACAAGCUGGGCGCACCGCCUCCGAUGUCGGAUGCUCAUACCAUUAACGGAAAGCCCGGACCGCUCUUUCCAUGUUCCGAGAAACACACAUUCGUGGUGGAGGUGGAAGCAGGCAAAACAUACCUUCUAAGGAUCAUCAACGCAGCGCUAAACGACGAGCUGUUCUUCGGUAUCGCAGGCCACGACAUGACCGUGGUGGAGAUCGAUGCAGUCUACACUAAACCGUUCACAACAAAAUUUAUUCUACUCGGACCAGGUCAAACCACAAACGUUCUAGUCAAAACCAACCAGUCUCCAAACCGUUACUUCAUGGCAGCGGCUCCGUUCAUGGACGCACCAGUAUCAGUAGACAACAAAACCGUAACCGCGAUUCUUCAAUACAAAGGCGUACCAAACACGGUCAUACCGAUUCUACCAAAGCUUCCUUUGCCUAACGACACAUCACACGCUUUGGACUAUAACCAAAAGCUCAGAAGCCUCAACACGCCAAACUUUCCAGCGCUUGUCCCUUUAAAAGUCGACCGUAGAUUGUUCUACACGAUCGGUCUAGGCAUCAACGCGUGUCCGACGUGUGUGAACGGAACAAAUCUCGCGGCUUCGAUAAACAAUAUAACAUUCGUUAUGCCUAAAACUGCUCUCUUGAAAGCUCAUUACUUUAACAUCCCGAACGUUUUUAGGACAGAUUUUCCUGAUAGACCGCCUAAACCGUUUAACUACACCGGUGUGCCACUCACGGCUAACCUCGGGACUUCUACGGGGACUAGACUGAGUCGAGUUAAGUUCAAUACGACGAUUGAGCUUGUUUUGCAAGAUACCAAUCUACUAACCGUUGAGUCACACCCUUUCCAUCUUCACGGUUACAACUUCUUUGUGGUUGGAACUGGUGUUGGAAACUUUGAUCCCAACACAGAUCCUGCUAAGUUUAACCUCAUUGACCCGCCUGAGAGGAACACAGUUGGAGUACCCACCGGAGGGUGGGCUGCCAUCAGAUUCAGAGCUGAUAAUCCAGGUGUUUGGUUUAUGCACUGUCACUUGGAAGUCCACACAAUGUGGGGUUUGAAGAUGGCUUUUGUCGUCGAGAACGGGAACACACCUGAGCUUUCUGUUCUACCACCGCCCAAAGAUUAUCCGUCCUGUUAAGAAUCUGAUUCUUUGUUCAUUGUAUUUUCAUUGCUCUGUUGAUUUGUGUGUUUGAGAUUGUUUCAUGUGGUGUUGCACAACAACAGCACCACCACAAAGUUUGCAUAAGAAAUGUAACUAAAUGUUUUCAAACAAAGAUCUUCAAUAAGUCAACAACAUAAGAACCUAAAACCAA